AUGUCUGUUGAUUAUGCUUCUAGACUAUCAAACUAUGAAGACACAGUAUGUGGUAUUCCAGAAAUAUGUGAUUCAUUAGAGGAAGUGGAACAAAAAGUAAAGACGCUUGCUGAAUGGUUACGCUACUCAUCUCAUGUUGUUGUCCAUACUGGAGCCGGUGUUAGCACAUAGCUGGUAAGUAUUCCUGAUUUUCGUGGACCAAAAGGAGUAUGGACACUUGAGAAAGAGGGUCGAAAAGUGGAAGCAGAUAUCAAAUUUGAAGAUGCUCUACCUACUAUUACUCAUCUAGCACUCAUGGGACGGGUUGAGGCAGGCCUUGUCAAAUACAUUAUUAGUCAAAAUGUUGAUGGUCUUCACUUAAAGUCUGCCUUAGACAGGGAUCAUUUAUCAGAACUACAUGGGAAUAUGUUUGUUGAAAAAUGCGAGAAAUGUGGAAAAGAGUACGUUAGAGAUCAUGUAAUACCUACACUGGGUCUGAAAGUGACUGGUAACAGAUGUACUGGAGGUGGAGCAAGAGGAAGAUGCAGGUUUGGUAAACUACGAGACACUAUUUUGGACUGGGAGGAUGAAUUACCUCUUGAAGAUAUCCAAAGAGCUGAACAACACUCAUCAAAGGCUGACCUAUCACUAUGUCUUGGUACUUCAUUACAAAUAGUACCAGCUGGUAAACUACCUUUAUGUAAAAAAAAAAACAAAGGAAGAUUAGUCAUUUGUAAUCUUCAACCAACAAAAUAUGACAAGCAAGCUGAUUUAGUGAUACCUUAUUAUGUGGAUGAAAUCAUUAUACGUCUCAUGAAACAGCUAGGAGUUUCUCUACCUCCAGCCCCAAACCAUCUUUUAAAGACUCAGACUGAGACCACUUAA